AUGUCUGCACCAAGAGAUAUCAAGUCCUCGGAAACAGGUGGAGCCGGCAAGAAUGUCCAACGACAAUUCCUCCAGAACUCUAACUAUUCUCGAAGCCAGCUCGAGCAGCUUACCGUCUGCUCAACGCCAAAUGGCAAAGGCAUCCACUUGCGGUGGUACUACGACAAUGAGGUCGAAUCACCGUCACGUAAGAAAGGAUCGCCGGCACUGGACCUCCUUGGGCUGCCUAGGCGCGAGACAAUGCUUAGAGCAUCCGAAGCGGAGGUUAUGCAGGUGUUGAGCGCAGAUUUUGAAGAGGAUCGGAGUCAUCGAGAAUCCUCCCUAGAGGACGAAGGAAGGAUUUUCGACAUCGACAGCAUGCAUUUCGAUCCUGCGACGAUUGCGGCGAUUCGGCAAUACUUUGCGUUGACCGAAGAUGACAUCAGUGACUACCGGCUCAUGGCCAACCUCGUGUCGAUCCACAAGGCCGAGGAGAAAAUCAGAGUAUACGAGUGGACCAAACCUGAUCCCGCGAGCGAGAGGAGGAGCUUUGAGCGACAGAGGUACCGAAUGAAAGCACAGAAGGCAUACGAGCAGGCAGUUUGGCAGAGAGCGGAGAAGGACGGGGUCUUUGAUGAGCUAGAGAGGAGAGAGCGAGAGGAGUCGGAGAGACAGGAGUUUGAGCAGGGAUCAUCGAAGGGCAAAGGUCGACGGUAG